AAAGUCUGGUUCAUUCCCUUGUAGAAUCCCGUUCGGCAAACAACUCUUUCUAGAGUUUCAAAAUUUUCAAAAUUUCCAAAAAUUUUCACAAAUUUCCAAAAUACUUGCCUAAAAAAGCCAUCGAACAUGUCGUGUAACAGAUCUUUUGGACCUGGACCUGGAGCCUACAAUCUGCCCAGCACCUUUGGCUUUAAGAACUGUGACAAGCGGAUGCAGCGAAGUCCCCAGUUCUCAUUCGGCAGAUCGUCGAGGGCGUGCAAUAGUCCCCGGAAACUGGAAGGACCAGGACCAGCGGCCUAUCACCUGGGCAAGGUAACGCGAUAUGGACGUCCUGCGGCCGAAGAGUACACUGUUUAUCGUCGUCGCUAGUGGGUUAAGGAAUGUGUUUAAAAUAUAAGUGGCUUGGAUAGGAUAUAUAUAACUGACUGUGGUCAAGA